CUGUUUUCUUAUAAAAUCAUUGCUAGUGUUCGAGUUGCGUGUAGCACAGCCUUGUCUAGCUAAAUCCAGACUUUCAACUAGAAAUUCGAGCUGAAAUGGCUUCAAACAAGCAGGACAUCGACGAGGAGGAGGUGGAGGUGGAUGUGCCCUCAUCCAGCAGCUCCAAAGGAGAGAAGAAGCGUUUCGAAGUGAAAAAGUGGAACGCUGUUGCCUUGUGGUCGUGGGACAUUGUUGUGGACAACUGCGCCAUAUGCCGCAACCACAUUAUGGACCUGUGCAUCCAGUGCCAGGCGAACCAGGCCUCCGCCACCAGCGAAGAGUGCACCGUCGCCUGGGGAACCUGCAACCACGCCUUCCACUUUCAUUGCGUCUCUCGGUGGCUGAAGACCCGUAAUGCCUGCCCGCUGGACAACCUCGAGUGGGAAUUCCAGAAGUACGGACACUAA